UUCUCCCUCUCUCUUUUCUCUCUUUUUCUGAGGAAAUUCUCUCUCCCACUCUCCAAGCAAAGCAGCUUUCACUUUUUCUCUUUUUUAUUCUCAAAAACACAACCUUUCUUUUUAGUUUGUCUCUCUUUCCUCUCUUUUGGUUCUGGGUUUCUGUGCUCUUGUUUUUCUUACAUUGAGAUCUGUUUCAAAGCUAUGGGCUUUUAUGAAGAAACUUGCACCAACUCUAGAACUACAAAAAAUGGCUUGACAGCUCUAUAUGCAGCUACCUCUACUCCACCUACUGAUCACUGUUGUGACUACAAUGAGUCAAAAAUCAAAUCUCUUUUCGCGAAAAUGAUUUGGGAUUUUGGUUUUGCUUGUAUUCUUCCUGGUAGUCAAAGGAAAGGCUUACGGAAGAACCAGAAAAACAAUGGUGAGAAGAAAGGCCGUAAUUUGGAGCAUAACAAGGCUUGGUUAUUGGCUGAGUCAGGUGGUGGAGCUGAGUUGACAAGUACUGAGCCACAAUCAGUUCACUCAUCUUUCAGGUUCAGUUUUUGUUCUCAAGUUGAACUUGAAGCUAUGAAUGCUAAUUCUUUGAGUUCAGCUACUGUUUUGAUGGUGAAUUUGGAUAAUGGGGUAAGUGAGGAGCGAGCUAAGGAAUUGAAAUGGAGAAGGAUUGAGUCUUUGGAAAGAAGUAUUUCACCUGUCGCCAAUUGUUUGGUUAGAUUCAGCUAUGGUGAAAUUGUUUCAGCUACUAGGAACUUUUCCAAAGGGAGAGUUUUGGGGAGAGGGGCAUUGAGCUUUGUUUUCAGGGGUAGAGUUGGGCUAUUGAAGACAGCUGUGGCUAUUAAGAGGUUGGAUAAAGAAGAUAAGGAGUCUGCUAAGGCCUUUUGCAGAGAAUUGAUGAUUGCUAGUUCUUUGCAUCACCCAAAUAUUGUUCCUCUUUUGGGAUUUUGUAUCGAUCCUGAGGAAGGUCUGUUUUUGGUGUAUAAGUUUGUUUCUGGUGGAAGCUUAGAACGCCAUCUUCAUGAUAAGAAGGGAGUAAAGGGACGUCCUUCAACUCUUCCUUGGUCUGUUAGAUAUAAGGUUGCCUUAGGAAUUGCAGAGGCAGUGGCAUAUUUACACAAUGGAACUGAAAGAUGUGUUGUUCAUAGAGACAUUAAACCCUCUAACAUUCUUCUUUCUUCCAAGAAAACACCCAAGUUGUGUGAUUUUGGAUUAGCAACUUGGACUUCUGCCCCCUCAAUUCCAUUCCUUUGCAAAACUGUUAAAGGAACAUUUGGAUAUUUGGCACCUGAGUAUUUCCAACAUGGAAAAGUAUCUGAUAAAACGGAUGUUUAUGCUUUUGGGGUCGUCUUGUUGGAGCUGAUAACUGGACGGAAACCAAUUGAGGCAAGAAGGCCUCCAGGAGAAGAGAAUUUGGUCCUAUGGGCAAAACCUCUUUUGCACAGAGGAAUGGCAGCUGUUGAAGAAUUGCUUGACUCAAGACUCAAAUGUACUUUGAAAAAUUUAACUGAAAUAGCACGAAUGAUACAAGCUGCAGCAGCCUGCAUAAGCAAUGAAGAAUCACGAAGACCCGUCAUUGAUGAAAUUAUUGCUAUAUUGAGAGGUGAAGAAGAACCAUUUUACUCAAUUAGGAAGAAGUCCAAUUUCUCUGGGAUUAUUGAUUGUUACCCUCAAUUACAACAUUCAAAAAGUGAGAUGAAGAGUCACUUAGCUUUAGCAAUGCUAGGAGUUUCAGAGUUUGAGGAUGGUGAUCACCUUUAUUGUCGUUGAAACACACUGUUUUUCUAUUCAUCUGAUUUAUCACCCUACUUUUUUGCUUUGUUGCUUGCUUGACGAGAAAGUUUAGGCAUUAGAACAGGAAAAAAGAAAAAGAAAAAAGAGUAAUUGAAUUUGUAAAUAGGAAAAGGAGUCUGAUGAAAGCCGGUUGUGUGUACAUACCCUGAAUAUCCACCUCUAUACUCCUGGAAAGCUACUGAUUUUCAUGUUAAGUUAUAGCAUUCGGAGUUCUAAGAUUGUUGAACGGUCCUUAUUGUUAAUAGUAUUGUUUUGGAAUUAUGCAGUUCUGCAUAAUUUCAGUUGUUGCUUGUAAAAGAACUGGGUAAGUUUUGGCUUCUAAUACCUUGGUGACCGGAAGACUUUGCUUUUAAGGUAUCUUUUCA